GAGAGAGAGAGAGAGAGAGAGAGAGAGAGAGAGAGUUAUGUCUGUGGGUCAUGUGUAGUGGCCAUGUUGUCUAAUCGAAUGUUAUAUCUAUGUAAUGUGUGGGAUCACUGAGCAUACAUGAAAUAAAGAUGAAGGAAACCCUUAAUGUGGAGUUGAUCAGUAAAAGAAUAGAAGAUCACAAGCUGUCAGUCAUGCACGAUGCUGGCACACUGCUUGGGGGUCUAUGAUGUGAGUGUGUGCAUGUGUGACUGAGAGUGAGAAAGAGAGAGAGGGAGCAACAUAGGGUGUUGAACACACUGAAGAAGCAGUCACUCCAGGAGUCACAUUGUUACCCAUCACAUCUAUUUUUCCAGGACAAGUGGAUGUGAGAGCAGUGAGCAAAUAUUGACAAAUGAGAAUAUUUGGAUCCAAAGCCUUGUGAGACCAGCUGAUUGAUUUUUUUCAGGAAGGAGAUCCGUUUGUUGGCCGAUAGUCCGCUGAGGAAACAAGAGUUGCCAUGGAAACUAUUUUGCUCUUCCUCUCUUCUCUCCUGGUGUGUGUGGCUGCUGUGUCAGACCCUAGUGUACGGGACAACAGGACAGAAGUUGGAGACCCAUUUAUAUAUGACUAUGAGAGCCUGAGGAUCGGGGGUUUGGCAUUUGCUGUGGUGCUGUUUACACUGGGUAUUCUCCUCAUCCUUAGUCGAAGAUGCCGCUGCAGCAUCAACCAGAAGCCCAGUGCCCCUGGAGACGAGGAACAACAGGAGGAGAACUUGAUUGUCUCAAAGGCUGCAGCGGCUGCCAAAGAGACCCCAGCAGAGAACUGAGGCAACUACAAUACCCACUGGAGUGAUUUCCAGUUUUAUUUGAUAUAAAGCCACUCUAAUAUUAAAUAAAUGGAUUAUUAAUAUAA